UGGAUAUUCGUCGCGUUGAAGCAUCAUGCGCGUCAUCGUCGGCGAUGAAACCGGGCUCGUCAAGAACGUAGCUCUCGAAGCAGCCACUGCCACGAUGCUCACAGGCACGGCGCAGGGCCGUAGCAAAUCUGCUCGGUACCUGGCAUGGUCCGACAAGGACGUGGUCGUUGCGCGCACAAACGGCGACGUCGACUGUGUCGGUAUCAACGGUGGGUCGCCGUGGAGCUUCACGCGAGAAGGCAGCCCUGUCGGGAUGGGCGUUGUCGCAGAAUACGGGUCGAUUGUGCGCUGCAACACGGCAGGACGUGUCGAAGUGGUCCACCCGUUGCACGUGAAGCCGAACCCGCCUGCGUUCAACGUCGGCAACGACAUUCACACGCUGCGCGUGAAUCCAUACGCGUCCAAUGUGAUUGCAAUCGGUGGCAAAGAGCGCGACAUGAACGUGUGGGACUUGCAGACCCAGCAGGCAGUUUUCAAAGCAAAAAACGUCACCCACGACAACUUGGACAUGCGCGUCCCUGUGUGGGUCAAGGCCAUCACGUUCUUGCCGCCGACGUCGGCCGCGGGUGGCAGCGAAAGUGGCCACCGUCUCGUCGUUGGUACAGCGUACCAUCAGAUCCGCAUUUACGACACGAGUGCGAAGCGACGACCGGUGCUGGAGACGUCCUUUGGCGAGCACCCCAUCACAUCACUCGUCGUCCAGGACCACCGUGUUAUGUUUGGCGACACGGCAGGCAACGUCAACGCUAUCGACAUGCGAACUUUCAAGCACUUGGGUCGGUAUCACGGUCCGGUGGGGUCGAUUCGAGACAUGGCACUGCAUCCGACGCUUCCGUAUGUGGCGUCCGUCGGGCUCGAUCGCAUGGUGCAUGUCCACCACAUCGAGGCGCGAAAAGCCGUGCACACGUACUAUGCCAAACAGCGGCUCAACGCUGUGCUAUUCACAGACGAAGGCGUCAAGGCCGCUCCGAUCGCGGCCGUCCCGGCGGCGGAAGACGUUGUGGAGGACAUGGUGAGUGACGAUGAAGACGACGAGGCGUACGAAGGCCUCGAGAUUGACGACAAUAGCAGCUACAUGGGCAGCGACGCGUCCGACGACGAUGGCAUGGAGUAGCAUGUCAACAUCAGUGGAAGCUUUAAUUACUAAUCUAGACGGAGUGGGGGAGUCAC